AUGGAGGUCAGAGCUUCUUUACAGAAGGUUAGUGGGUCAUCUGAUUCUGUGACUACACUGAACAGUGAAGACUUUGUUUUGGUUCCUCAGCAUGCAGAUGAUACUUCUACAAAAGAUGAUGAAAAACCUCAACUGAAGAUAGUUUCUAAUGGUGAUGAGCAAUUGGAGAAAGCCAUGGAAGAGAUUUUGAGAGAUUCUGAAAAAGGGCAAAGCAGUCUUCUUGUUGGCUAUCAGAAUUCCAGUGGGAUUUUACACCAUUCAUUUGGAGAUGUUUCAGCCAGCCAAACAAAUAAGCCAUCUCUUCAAUUAAUUUUGGAUCCAUCUAAUACAGAAAUUUCUACACCCAGGCCAUCUUCUCCAGGCGAACUAACUGAAGAAGAUAGUGUUUUAUUUAACAAACUGACCUACUUAGGCUGUAUGAAGGUUUCUUCCCCACGUAAUGAAGUGGAGGCUUUACGGGCAAUGGCAACUAUGAAAUCUUCCAGUCAAUACCCCUUUCCUGUUACUCUGUAUGUGCCAAAUGUCCCAGAAGGUUCUGUGAGAAUCAUAGAGCAGUCCAGCAAUGUGGAGAUAGCAUCUUUUCCAAUCUAUAAGGUGUUAUUCUGUGCACGUGGACAUGAUGGGACAACAGAGAGUGAUUGCUUUGCAUUUACAGAGAGUUCCCAUGGUUCAGAAGAAUUUCAGAUACAUGUUUUCUCCUGUGAAAUUAAAGAGGCAGUAAGCAGAAUUUUAUAUAGUUUCUGUACAGCAUUCAAACGUUCUUCUAGACAAGUAUCUGAUGUUAAAGACUUGGUUAUUCCUACCCCUGACAGUGAUGUGUUUACCUUCAGUGUUUCAUUGGAGGUAAAAGAAGAUGAUGGAAAAGGAAACUUUAGUCCUGUGCCGAAGGACAGAGAUAAAUUUUAUUUCAAAUUAAAACAAGGAAUAGAGAAGAAGGUUGUGAUUACAGUGCAGCAACUUUCUAACAAAGAAUUAGCUAUUGAAAGAUGUUUUGGAAUGUUGUUAAGCCCAGGUCGAAAUGUGAAGAACAGUGACAUGCAUUUGCUGGAUAUGGAAUCCAUGGGAAAAAGCAAUGACGGGAGAGCUUAUGUUAUCACUGGCAUGUGGAACCCGAAUGCACCAAUAUUUCUGGCACUUAAUGAAGAGACACCAAAAGAUAAACGAGUAUACAUGACUGUGGCUGUGGAUAUGGUGGUCACAGAGGUGGUGGAGCCUGUCCGCUUUCUCCUGGAGACAGUAGUUCGUGUGUACCCUGCAAAUGAACGAUUUUGGUAUUUCAGCAGAAAGUCUUUCACAGAAACGUUCUUCAUGAGGUUGAAACAGUCUGAGGGAAAAGGCCAUACCAAUGCUGGAGAUGCAAUAUAUGAGGUGGUGAGUCUACAGCGAGAGUCUGAGAAGGAGGAACCAAUCACUCCUACUAGUGGAGGGGGGCCAAUGUCACCCCAGGAGGAUGAACCAGAAGAGGAGAGUGAUAAUGAACUCUCAAGUGGAACAGGUGAUGUGUCUAAGGAUUGUCCUGAGAAGAUCCUAUAUUCUUGGGGAGAAUUGCUAGGAAGAUGGCACAAUAACCUUGGUGCACGGCCAAAAGGGCUAUCCACGCUAGUGAAGAGUGGUGUCCCUGAAGCAUUGAGGGCAGAGGUAUGGCAGUUGUUAGCAGGCUGCCAUGACAACCAGGCAAUGCUGGAUAGAUACCGAAUUCUUAUCACAAAGGACUCAGCCCAGGAGAGUGUUAUUACUCGAGAUAUUCAUCGUACGUUUCCUGCACAUGAUUACUUUAAAGAUACUGGAGGAGAUGGUCAGGAAUCUCUCUACAAGAUCUGCAAGGCCUACUCUGUAUAUGAUGAAGACAUUGGGUACUGUCAAGGACAGUCAUUUCUUGCUGCUGUGUUGCUGCUGCAUAUGCCAGAAGAACAAGCAUUCUGUGUUUUGGUGAAAAUCAUGUAUGACUAUGGUUUACGAGACCUCUACAAAAAUAACUUUGAAGAUCUUCAUUGCAAAUUCUAUCAGUUGGAGAGACUAAUGCAGGAGCAGUUACCCGACCUGCACAGCCAUUUUUGUGAUCUGAACCUGGAAGCUCAUAUGUAUGCAUCCCAGUGGUUUCUCACUCUUUUCACUGCCAAGUUUCCUCUCUGCAUGGUCUUCCACAUCAUUGACUUACUGCUUUGUGAGGGUUUGAACAUAAUCUUUCAUGUAGCCUUGGCUCUCCUAAAGACCUCAAAGGAAGAUCUUCUGCAAGCUGAUUUUGAAGGUGCUUUAAAGUUCUUCAGAGUUCAGCUUCCUAAGAGAUACAGGGCAGAGGAAAAUGCAAGAAGAUUGAUGGAGCAGGCAUGCAACAUUAAGGUACCGACCAAGAAGUUGAAGAAAUAUGAGAAAGAGUAUCAGACAAUGCGAGAGAGUCAGCUGCAGCAGGAAGACCCCAUGGAUAGAUACAAGAGGGAGAACCGGAGAUUACAGGAAGCCAGCAUGAGGUUGGAGCAAGAAAAUGAUGACCUUGCCCAUGAACUUGUAACCAGCAAAAUCGCUCUGCGAAAUGACUUGGACCAGGCAGAAGACAAGGCCGAUGUGUUGAAUAAGGAACUCCUCCUGACCAAACAGAGGCUGGUAGAGACUGAGGAAGAGAAGAGAAAGCAAGAGGAAGAGACUGCCCAGCUAAAAGAGGUCUUCAGGAAACAGCUGGAGAAGGCAGAAUAUGAAAUAAAGAAAACUACAGCUAUCAUUGCCGAGUAUAAACAGAUCUGUUCCCAGUUAAGUACUAGGCUGGAGAAACAGCAGACAGCCAGCAAGGAGGAGCUGGAAGUGGUAAAGGGUAAAAUGAUGGCGUGCAAACACUGCAGUGACAUUUUCAGCAAAGAGGGUGCUCUGAAACUCGCAGCCAUAAGCAGAGAGAACCAGGGAAUUGAAACAGACGAUGAGAAGGACUUGCUUAAGAAGCAGCUGAGGGAGAUGGAGCUGGAAUUGGCACAAACCAAACUGCAAUUGGUGGAGGCCAAGUGUAAAAUCCAGGAACUUGAACACCAGAGAGGAGCCCUUAUGAAUGAAAUCCAAGCUGCAAAAAACUCUUGGUUUAGCAAAACCCUGAACUCGAUCAAAACAGCCACAGGCACCCAGCCACUGCAGCCACCACAGGCCACCCAGCCACCGAAGGAGAGCACAUAGUUCCAGCUCCACCCAAGCACAAGAGCACAAUGAUCAAAGCAACGGGAGCCCAGAGGAGUCCUGCUGGUGUCCCUCUGAAGGGAAGUAAAGGAGGCCAGAGAGCCAGCCAGAAUCUUUCAGUAGCUCUCACUCUUUCUUGUAUGACACUUUUCAGAGGGACAUUAUUUAAAUUCACCUGAUGUAUGUUGAAUACCUGUUUUCCAGCUUCUUCAUGGAAGGCCAUGUUCAAAUACUUCAUAGUGUUACACAUUAUUUUACAUGCCUGGAUGUUUAGUUGGAAAUAAGUAAUUCAGAACCAGAUGCUUUUUGUUUAGAACUAAUUAUUCGUACUUAUUUUUAUCUUACACAAAAAUGGAGAUGUCUCUUCAAGGCUGAAAUGAUAAGAAGAUCUUGGUCGUGGCCAAAAAUACAAAAACAAGAUUGAAACCUAAGCCUCUUUCUUAAUUUUUCAGGAGUUAUUCAAAUAAAGCACAUCUCGGGGCUGGUCAUGACCACUUUCGGGUUCCCACCUGACAGUGACUCCCAGGGUAGGGAUUUUCCUGUCAAACUGAACAGACCCCAAAAAAGGAUGGGAUGUUUUCGUUUUCUGUGGGGUAUAUCUGGAAACGAAGUGCCACGGGCCUUGGAAUAGAUGGG